CAGCCUCCAUGAACGUUCUGCGAGUGCAAUGGCAGGCAACGUCCUUCCUUCGUCGUCGUCAUACCCUCUAUCCUCCAUUCCAUCGAUAUUCUCAUAGCUCAACGUUCGUCCCACCUUCUCAACUCAAUAACGUCUCCAGCCGCUUCCGGACGCGACGUCGGAAUCGCGACAACGAAGGCGCCGACGAACUUCCCAAGCACGAAAACACAGACGCUGUAGCAAAAUCAAAGCCAGAAUCACCCAGCUUUUAUACUGGACGUGCAACAUAUCACGAUUCAUUAAUUGAACUGCAGAAUGCCAUAAAUCGAACCCGUGCAACACUUAAAACCCUCCAGCUGCUCCCUCUUCCGGAUUUUGCACGCGAAAGUCUGAAACCGAUGCCUCCAGUUUGGAAAACGGCCGCAGAAAUGUCUCAAGAGUUUGAUACUAGCAUGACGACCUCGCGGUACCGAAGAGUCACUGUACUCCUCAAUGAACUCAACCAAUAUCUUCGUAUUGCCACCACAGCCGGUUAUUCCGACUUGGCGACGAUGAUUGAUGGAGUGUUGGGUAUGUUUGAGAGUGGGAAGAAGGAGUCGUAUCUUACCCGUGGAGAGAGAAAACCUGUUAUACUUGACCGGUUUGGGAGGUCGUACACGGUUGGGAAGAGAAAGACGGGUGCGGCCAGGGUUUGGAUGAUCCCGGUUAGAACUGAUUCUUCGGCUUCUCGUUCGAUGAUGACACCACCUGGAGUAUCAGACGCUGCUACAGAGGAUUCGGUCAUGGACAUACUCGAUACGAAGGACACAAAGACCCAAGAGCAACGGAUCACCGUCACCGCUUCCACGAUCCUGAUUAACAACCUUCCCAUAUCUGAAUACUUUCCCUUGCCCCAGGAUCGAGAGAGAGUCGUUCGUCCUCUAAAAAUUGCCGGUGUAUUGGGUAAAUACAACGUGUUCACGAUUGUUCGUGGAGGAGGUACAUCCGGCCAAUCUGGUGCUGUGGCACAUGGGAUCGCAAAGGGUAUAUUCGCGCACGAACCUGAGACGGGCUCAGUUUUGAAACGAGCCAAACUCCUUAGACGUGAUCCUCGUAUGGUGGAGCGGAAGAAGACAGGUCUCGCAAAGGCGCGCAAGAGGUACACCUGGGUCAAGCGUUAGAGUGGGUUUAUACUAUGCUCAUCAUAUUUGUACCCUAUUGAAAAAAAUCAUGAUAAUGGCUGAAAUCUCGGAUCCAACUUCAAGUUCUAACUUGAGGCCUUGAGGGCUUC